AUGAGAGAAACAAUAAAAGUUAUUCUUCGAUUGCAAGGUGGGACGCUUUCAUCUAAGUCAGGUUCCCGAUCAUCCAGAGGGAGAAUUCAAGACUGGGUUGAUCGUGAAGUGUCGGUUCCUCCUCGAGUUCAGAGUAUAGUUAAUGGAGGUAACAGUGCCCCUUCAAUGGAACCCAUCAUUGAGAUGAACAACCCUGCUCCACCUUCGGAAAGCCCUGCAACUAAGAUUGGUCAUCGACAAGAACCAAAGUCCAGCAAUGAUGAUGUUCUCGCCAACAGUUUGAAAGAGUUGCUAUCCUUAAAUAGACUUCCUCUUCCAGAGCCUGGGAUUUUCUCAGGUAACCCUCUUGACUACACGGCAUGGAGGCGAAGCUACGAUGCAUUGAUUGAACAUCGUGGAAUUCCUAUGGCAGAGAGGUUCUACUUUCUCUUGAAAUACCCGACAGGUGAGCUGAAAUCCUUGGUAGAAGGCUACUCUAUGAUCGUCGAUGGCAGAGGUUACCUUAAUGCAAAGGAAGGAGACAAGCUGGAUGCUUGGCCCAAGGUUGGAUCAAGAGAUUCAUUUGGACUUAGGAGACUGGGAGACUUCCUGAAACAAUGUGAUGCAGCAUCUAAGUAUGUUCCCCACUUGAAUCAUCUUGAUGACGAACGGGAAAAUCAAAACCUACUGAGGAAACUCCCUGAAUGGCUAGUCGUGAAAUGGGGAAAGAAGGUCGUUCAGUGGAGACAGGAUUGGAAAACCUUUCCACCGUUUGCCAUCUUCACAGAGUUCAUUGAUAAAGAGGCAACUGUUGCUUGUGAUCCCGUCACCUCUCUUCAAUCUCUGCAGACCUCAAAGGAAAGGAAGAGGUCAACUCCUUCUCGAUCUUUACAGACUGGAACACAAAAUCACAAAUAUGGCUCUGCUGAGAAGAAAUAUCUGUCAUGUAUCUUCUGCAAGGGUCAACACCAUAUUACUGAAUGUUCCUCGUUCAAUUCAGAAACGAUGCAGAAGAAGAGACAGACUAUUAAGGACAAUGGUCUCUGCUUUGGUUGCUUGAGAAAGGGACACAUGUCAAAGAGAUGCAAGAAAAGAAAUACAUGCUCCUUAUGUAAAGGAAAGCAUCCAACUGCUCUACAUGAUGACGAAUGGAAGGAGAAGCGACGGGAUGCUACUAACAGAGAGAGGAGCAAAGCAAUGGGCAUCAGAGGCAUAGGCAUGCACCUAUUGCUUUCUACAAUGACAAAAGCAAAUGAGAGAGUAGCUUGUGAGAAGGUGACUGGAUUGAAAGUGAAGGCUUACUACAACUCUGAGAAGGUGAUUAGUCUCCCUCCAAGCUAUACGAGAGACAUUAUCCCAGCAGAUCGACAUCAUAUUCCUACUCCUGACACAGCGAGAUCCUUCAAACACUUGUCCAGGAUUGCCGAUAUGAUUGCUCCUCUUCAGGAUGUUGAAAUUGGACUCUUGAUCGGCUACGACUGUGCCAAGGCUCUAGCUCCUCGUGCUGUCAUCCACUCUCCUGACGAAAGAGGGCCCUAUGCAGUCCAGACAGACCUAGGAUGGAGCAUUGUUGGGACAGUGAAUGCAGGUUAUGUUGAUAGUCACAAUGAUCCCAUUGGUGUGAGUCAUCGUACGACUGUACGGACAGUGCCUGAGGAGGUACAGUUGAAGGGUCAUCGCUCAGAAGUGAUGUUAACGCAUCCAGCUACUACGAAGGAAGGGAUCACCCCUCUUCAUGUUGUCCAACUUCUCGAGGCUGACUUCACUCCUGAUAAGAAGCAGAAACCCUAUUCCCAGAAUGAUUCGAAGUUUGUUAGGCUAAUGGAGAAGGAGAUUCACAUUUCAGAGAGUGGACAUUACGAGAUGCCCCUCCCCUUCAGGGAGGAAGAGGUACCUGUACUGCCUAACAACAAGUUUGUUGCUGCCAAACGUUUGAACCAUCUGAAGAAAAAGUUUGAAAAUGAUGCAACCUACUAUGAUCAAUACCUACAACAGAUGAACAAUCUCCUUGAAAAGAAGUAUGCAGAGAAAGUGUCUGAACCAGGUGAACCAGGCAAGCUAUGGUAUAUUCCACAUCAUGGAGUACAGCAACCAAAGAAACUGAGGGUGGUGUUCGAUUGCAGUUCACAAUUCAAAGGAGAGUGUUUGAACUCUCAUCUUCUCACUGGCCCUGAUUUGACCAAUGCACUUGCUGGAGUACUGUGCAGAUUCAGAAAAGAGUAG